AUGUACGCGCUCCGGGACGCCGUGCCGUCGUCGCCACUCUUCUUUCCGUCUUCGUCGAACCCGCCAUCGGAAACCGAUGCCAGAACGCCACAGGGCAGACCACAGAGCGGUUUCUCGUCGCCUUUACACUAUUCCUCCUCCGCGCCGAACUCGGACUUUGGGCGUGCCGUGCCCACAGACCUCACGCGCCAGGACCGCCGCGCGCGCCAGCGUGGGGACAUCCACUCGUCGGAUAUCACGUCAUCGCCGAUGCGCCGCCGCUUUUUUACCGAAGGCGCUCCUUCUUCCUCAGGACUCCACCCCCUUUCUUCCUCCUCUGUGCUCAACACCGACCUCGGGAGCGAGCAGAACCCGGAGGAGCCGGUCAGGGUUAUCUGGGGGACUAAUGUGUCGAUCCAGGAGUGCAGUAACCUGUUCCGCAACUUCCUCAUGUCGUUCAAGCAAAAGUACCGCCGCUUGCAUGACGGCCAGCCAGUCGAGGCCUCUGACAAUGAGCUCUACUACGUCGCACAGUUUACACAGAUGCGCGACCUCGGGCUCACGAACUUAAACCUCGACGCGGUGAACCUCUUGGCGUAUCCCCAGGCCAAAAAGUUGUACUUCCAAUUGAUCAACUACCCCCAGGAGGUGGUACCGAUCAUGGAUCAGACCGUGAAGGAUGUCAUGGUGUCGCUUGUGAUGGACCAUCCUGGCGCCCACAACGUUGAAGAUAUCGAGACCAAUCUCUAUAAGAUCAGACCGUUCAACAUUGAAAGCAAAUCAGGGAUGCGCGAGUUAAAUCCGAACGAUAUUGACAAGUUGGUCAGUGUCAAGGGCUUGGUUUUGCGGUCGACCCCGGUGAUUCCAGACAUGAAGGGCGCUUUUUUCAAGUGCUCCGCGUGCGACCACACCAUGGUGGUCGAAAUCGACCGUGGGGUCAUCCAGGAGCCGAGUAGAUGCCCCAGAAACGUGUGCAAACAGAACAACUCUAUGGUGAUAGUCCACAACCGAUGCUCUUUCGCCGAUAAACAAGUACUUAAGUUGCAGGAAACCCCAGAUGUCGUUCCUGACGGUCAGACCCCACAUUCGGUUAACCUCUGUGUCUACGACGAGUUGGUGGAUAGCUGCAGGGCCGGUGACAGGGUGGAGGUGUGUGGAAUUUUCAGAUCGUUGCCUGUGCGGGUCAACUCAGGGCAACGGUCGCUCAAGAACUUGUUCAAGACCUAUCUCGACGUGGUUCAUAUCAAGAAGGUGGACAAAAAGAGAUUGGGAGUGGAUACCUCGACGCUCCAGGCAGACUUGGUGCAGCCGGAUGUGGAGGAGGUGCGGCCGAUCUCCGAGGAGGAUGCGGCGCGUGUGCGAGCGACCGCCGCGCGUGGCGACUUGUACGACCUUCUCGCACGCUCCAUGGCGCCGUCGAUCUACGAGAUGGAAGAUGUGAAGAAGGGGGUGCUCUUGCAGUUGUUUGGCGGUGCCAACAAGCUGUUCAAAAAGGGUGGGAAGUACCGUGGGGAUAUUAAUAUCUUGUUGUGCGGUGAUCCGUCGACAUCGAAGUCGCAGUUGUUGCAAUACGUCCACAAGAUUGCGCCCAGAGGAGUCUACACCUCCGGUAAAGGGUCCUCUGCCGUGGGUUUAACGGCCUACGUGACCAGAGACCCGGACACCCGGCAGUUGGUGUUGGAAAGUGGGGCGUUGGUAUUGUCCGAUGGCGGUGUCUGCUGUAUUGACGAAUUCGACAAAAUGAGCGACUCCACGCGGUCUGUGUUGCACGAAGUGAUGGAACAGCAGACGAUUUCCAUUGCCAAGGCUGGGAUUAUCACGACGUUGAACGCGCGCACUUCCAUCCUCGCGUCCGCAAACCCUAUCAACUCGCGCUACGACCCUAACUUGCCGGUGACGUCCAAUAUCGACCUCCCACCGCCAUUGUUAUCCAGAUUUGACUUGGUCUACCUCAUUUUGGAUAAAGUGGACGAAAAUCUCGACCGCAAGUUGGCUCAGCACUUGACCAGCAUGUAUCUCGAGGACACCCCGGAGAAUGUCUCGCGCACGGAAAUCUUGCCAGUUGAGUUCCUUACCAUGUACAUCCAGUACGCAAAAGAAAACAUCCACCCGGUUUUGACCGAGGAGAGCAAAAACGAAUUGGUCAAAUGCUAUGUGGAGAUGCGCAAGAUGGGAGAGGACGUCAGAACCGCAGACAAGCGCAUCACUGCCACCACCCGCCAGUUGGAGUCGAUGAUUCGGUUGUCCGAAGCCCAUGCUAAAAUGAGGUUGUCCGAAACGGUAGAGUUGGCAGAUGUCAAUGAGGCUGUCAGAUUGAUCAAGACUGCGAUCAAAGAGUACGCGACAGAUCCACUGACCGGCAGAAUCGACAUGGACUUGAUCCAGACCGGUCACUCUUCCGCUCAGAGAAAGCUCCAGGAGGAUUUGGUCAAGGAGUUGCUUAAUCUCAUCCAUCUGGCCGAGUCGAUCUCGUAUUCUGAGUUGUUGAAGCGGAUUAACGAGCAGUCAAAUGGGAGUGUAGAGAACACUGAUCUUUCCAGCGCUGUGGAUAUUUUGUUGAGGGAGGAGAGGGUCAGGGUCAACGGUGAGGGCCAUUCUAGGGUUAUCACCAUCAUCCGCAGAACCGUGUAA